AUGAGGGUGAUAGAGGACCUGAGGGUGAUAGAGGGCCUGAGGGUGAUAGAGGGCCUGAGGGUGAUAGAGGACCUGAGGGUGAUAGAGGGCCUGAGGGUGAUAGAGGACCUGAGGGUGAUAGAGGGCCUGAGGGUGAUAGAGGGCCUGAGGGUGAUAGAGGGCCUGGGGGUAAUAGAGGACCUUGGGGUGAUAGAGGACCUGAGGGUGAUAGAGGGACCUGAGGGUGAUAGAGGGCCUGAGGGUGAUAGAGGACCUGAGGGUGAUAGAGGACCUGAGGGUGAUAGAGGACCUGAGGGUAAUAGAGGACCUGAGGGUGAUAGAGGACCUGAGAGUGAUAGAGGGCCUGAGGGUGAUAGAGGACCUGAGGGUGAUAGAGGACCUGAGGGUGAUAGAGGGCCUGAGGGUGAUAGAGGACCUGAGGGUGAUAGAGGGCCUGAGGGUGAUAGAGGACCUGAGGGUGAUAGAGGGCCUGAGGGUGAUAGAGGACCUGAGGGUGAUAGAGGGCCUGAGGGUGAUAGAGGGCCUGAGGGUGAUAGAGGGCCUGAGGGUAAUAGAGGACCUUGGGGUGAUAGAGGACCUGAGGGUGAUAGAGGACCUGAGGGUAAUAGAGGACCUGAGGGUGAUAGAGGGCCUGAGGGUGAUAGAGGACCUGAGGGUGAUAGAGGACCUGAGGGUAAUAGAGGACCUGAGGGUGAUAGAGGACCUGAGAGUGAUAGAGGGCCUGAGGGUGAUAGAGGACCUGAGGGUGAUAGAGGACCUGAGGGUGAUAGAGGACCUGAGGGUGAUAGAGGGCCUGAGGGUGAUAGAGGACCUGAGGGUGAUAGAGGACCUGAGGGUGAUAGAGGACCUGAGGGUGAUAGAGGACCUGAGGGUGAUAGAGGGCCUGAGGGUGAUAGAGGACCUGAGGGUGAUAGAGGACCUGAGGGUGAUAGAGGACCUGAGGGUGAUAGAGGACCUGAGGGUGAUAGAGGACCUGAGGGUGAUAGAGGACCUGAGGGUGAUAGAGGACCUGAGGGUGAUAGAGGACCUGAGGGUGAUAGAGGACCUGAGGGUGAUAGAGGGCCUGAGGGUGAUAGAGGACCUGAGGGUGAUAGAGGACCUGAGGGUGAUAGAGGACCUGAGGGUGAUAGAGGACCUGAGGGUGAUAGAGGACCUGAGGGUGAUAGAGGACCUGAGGGUGAUAGAGAGGUGAUAAUAAAGGAGGAUUAG